UUCGCUCUCCGCCUUCCUCCAAUAGCUGCGGAGGAUGGCUCCCUGGGUACCGCCUCUUCCGUCCGCGCCUACCGGAAGUGGGGCGGGAACGCCGGAAGUUGAAAGGGAAUUUCCUGUGAGCUCGGCUUCCUCAACAUGGCCGCGCCCUUGUCAGUGGAGGUGGAGUUCGGAGGCGGCGCGGAACUCCUUUUCGAUGGCGUAAAGAAACAUCAGGUCACCUUACCCGGACAGGAGGAGCCCUUGACCCCAGUGGAUAUUAUAUAUGAUCAAGAAAACCAAACCUCAGAGAGAGAGAGAGAGAGAGAGACAGUGACCUGUCCAAAGUUACGGGACAUCCGGAACCUCCUUGUCUGGAUCAAGAAGAAUUUGCUAAAAGAGCGGCCAGAAUUAUUCAUCCAGGGAGACAGCGUGCGGCCAGGAAUUCUGGUGCUGGUUAACGAUGCGGACUGGGAACUGCUGGGCGAGCUGGACUACCAGCUGCAGGACCAGGACAGCAUCCUCUUCAUAUCCACGCUGCAUGGCGGCUGAGGGCCCCGCUCUGGGCCCGGGUUCCCUUGGCGUGGGGAGAAGAGCAAAAUCAGACAUCCCCUGGGGCCCUGCUUCCAGGUCUCCCUGUCCCUCUUGGCUGCUUUCUUCCCUGCUCUGUCCCCCGAGCUCCCUCCAGGCAGGGAAAAGAGGCCAGGUGCUAAAAAUGAGCCUUUCUCAGGCACGUGAGUGGGGGCGGGCAGGCUCAGCCCUGCCUCCCUCCCCAGCAGCUGAGGUGGGGGAGGGUGCCCCUCUGCUUUGUCACAACAGGAGGGGGCUCCCUGGCCAGGUGACCCAGCUGCCUUCCAUUCCUUGUGUCUCAGUCUAAACAUCGAGUGACCACUAACGAGACACUCCAGCUCCCGGGCUGUAGUGUCUUCGUGGGGAAGAUGAAUGGACAGGAAUAGCUGAUAGGAAGCCCCUCCCUUCUCCAAGAUGGGAGGAGUCUCUGCCUCAGUUUCCCCAUCUAGACAGCAGAGGGCUCUGGCUGUCCCCCACUGAUACCAUUAUGGAACCCCAGCUGGGGUCCCCUAUUCAGUGCUGACUCCCCCCUCCCAGCAGCUGCUCGUCCAACCACACCCUCCUCCUGCUCCCCCAUCCCCAGCCCUUGACCCUGGCUGGCCUUCCCCCCCCCCCACAGGCCACCAGAUGGGCUCCUAAGACCCUCCCCCAGCAAAAGGCUGCCUGCAGCUCAUUCUGGAGAGAAAGAGGAGCAGGCAAAAGCUUGGACUGGCACAUAGAGGCCUGGGAUGUCAGAGUGCCUCAGUUUCCUCCUCAACAGCAACUGAAUGUUUAUAAGUAUCUGAAAGCAGGUGUGAUCCUUGAUGGCACAAAUGUAGACUUUAUCUCCUUUCCCACCUCCUGCAGGAAGCAGGGUGGGGACAGGCAGCACCUGGUAGGCAGGAUGGUUUGCCCCUCCUCCCUUCAUCCCUUCUGGAAGUCUUGGGGCCUCAUUGCCUGCAACAGCUGGCCUUGGGCAAAUAAAAGACUAGGGUGUUUACUA